UCUGAGGUAAAGGUUUCCUUCUUUAACUAAUUCCUCAGAUGACCUCUUGAUUUGUUGGAAAAAAAAUUAAAAAAUCUGUUUCAUACAGGAUCUUGGAGAAGGAAGGAAACAACAACAACCAAAAAAAAACCAAAAAAAAAAAAGAUAAAACAAAAAAAAUGUCUUUCACAGGAACUCUCGACAAAUGCAAUGUUUGUGAUAAGACAGUCUAUGUGGUGGACAUGUUGUCCAUUGAAGGAAUGCCUUACCACAAGUCUUGCUUCAGGUGUACCCAUUGCAAAGGAACCCUUCAGAUGAGCAACUAUUCCUCCAUGGACGGAGUUUUGUACUGCAAGACUCAUUUUGAGCAACUCUUCAAGGAAUCUGGCAAUUUCAGCAAAAACUUUCAACCAGGAAAAACUGAGAAGCCAGAGCUGACUAGGACUCCCAGCAAGAUAUCUUCCAUCUUCUGUGGAACACAAGACAAGUGUGCCGCUUGCGAAAAAACUGUUUACCCUCUUGAAAAGAUACAAAUGGAAGGAGAAUGCUUCCACAAGACAUGUUUCCGGUGCGCUCACGGUGGGUGUACGCUGACUCACUCCUCCUACGCCUCCUUAGAUAGCGUUCUCUAUUGCCGACAUCACUUUAACCAACUCUUCAUGGAGAAAGGAAACUACGCUCACGUCCUCCAAGCCGCCAAUCACCGUCGCACAGCCUCAGGCAACACUCUUCCACCGGAACCUACCGAAGACGUCGCCGUGGAGGCCAAGGAAGAGAAUGGCGUUUCAGAGUCUUGAAUAUCUCUUACAUGAGUGUUUUUGAGUGAAUGAUUGAAUGAAUGUUGUUGCGGGGGAAAGAUUUGAUUUCAUUUGUAAUGAGUUGUUUCCAUAUGAAGACAUGAUUUUUUUUGUUAUUUUUUUAAUUCAUUCGUUAUACAUUUAUUAUUACACACGAAAAAAA